CUUCAGUCAAUAGCACUUGAUCUAACGCUUGACAUGGCUAAAGAGAAGAUUUAUUGGCGAGUUUCAAACGGAAAUGUUUUUUCUUGUGAUUACUACUCCCAUAAUGUAAUUGAUUUUGGAACAUCAGGAGGUCCCAUGGCAGUAUUUGGGGAUUUUAUUUGUAUCAUGACUAGUGUUGGACAAAGUGUCGUUAGUGUCCAUAACACAACAGAUCAACGUACGAGACGCAAAUAUUUUCUUCCUGUUAACAACGAUUAUUUUGAUGUGGCUGUACACAGUAUCACUCCUGACUCAAACGCGACAAGCACUUUUCACUUUCCUUUGUGUGGACCCAACACAUACUAUCGUAAAAUUAAUGGAACAUUGAACUGCACGUGUAUGGAAGGAUACUUUGGAGAAUGUAACUCGUGCCACGCAAGCUGUCCUUCUGAUUGGUUGCAUAUAGAAUCAUCUUGUUAUUUCUUCAGUACAAAAGCAGCAACAUGGAAAAAAGCAAGAAAGCUUUGUCAACAGAAGGGAGGAGAUCUUGCUGUUCCAAAGAAUAAUGCUGAGAAGAAUGCCAUUUACAGAAUCAUCUUAAGAAAAGGCAAUAAACGUCAUUUUAUUGAUAUAUUACUAAAAUUUGGGACACUUGAGAUGAAUACUGCCGAGAAACUUCUGCAACUAUAUGACCAAGGUGUAAUCAGCGGACAAGCGCUGAACGCCUCUCUUAAGGCUCUUCAACCGCCCGCUGACCCGACACCCACACCAAAAAAUGUCACUCCGCCUAUCCCAAAACCGUGA